GAUAAGCUUCCCUCUCCUAAUAAAAAUAAUCAGGUCCAAUAAACAAUUGAAUCAUAUCAAAGACACAUUUAUAGACCUAGUUUGACCCGAAGCAUGCUUUAUUAAACCAGCUUAAAAGUUCACCUAAGCUUACCGUCGGUGAACUUAUCGGCAUCCCCGUCUCGUCUUUCUCGUCGGAACCCUUUUUUAAGCGAGCGCGACGUUGCUUUCAGAGCGCGGCCGCUUCCGGUAAAAACGCCGAGACUAACGAAAACAGAGAGAAACCAUUGCAGCUUUAUAUAUUACUCACCAUCAACUCUUUCUGCUCUCUUUUUCUCCGCCUCACAAAGCUGCGUUUGCUUCCAAAACCCCUUUUGAGCUGAGGCAGUAUCCAGUUUCCGGAAAUCAGUGCUUAGCCUGCCUCGUCGCCGGGAAAUUUGGUUCCAAUUUGGAAGUGGAUUGAGCAAUUUUCGAAGUGGAAUUGGGGGGUGGUUUCGAUUUCGCGGAUCUGAUUAUAUUCGUACUAGCGGCGAUCUAUGGAGCCGGCGCGGUGCUCCGGCGCGGGAUCUGGGAACUCUGGAACUUACGCGACGGAGAUAACAGAAACACUUCGCUUGGAGGAGAUCGAGAGUCUGAUGGAUGUCAACGUCAUCCACCAAGGAUUUGAGGGCUCGUCGCCAGAGAACGCCGGCGGAAGCUCCUUCACCGCUCUCCUUGGCCUCCAUCCGAUCCAAGCAGUGGAGCUCCUUCACGAGCUAGAUCCUAGUUCUUCUGGUGGUUUCCGGCUCGGCGAUCCGAAGGCAAUCCACUUUCCGUUAAGCUGCUCGCCGACCUUUCCCUCCAACGCUGCCCUAAUCGAGCGCGCCACCAGAUUCUCUGUCUUCGCCGCCGCUGAGGAAUCUCCAGAGGGCAGCUCCGCCUUUCCCUCCAACUCCGAUGGCGAUCACUCGACAAACCCUAAAUCCGACCCACCGGACUCCGAUUUGAAGCCGCAGCGCUUGUCAAAGAGAAAAGAAACCGACAAAUCCUCAAAGGCCAAAACUCCGUCGAAGAAAGGCAAAUCAACUGCCGGAGACGACGGCGAAGGUUCCCCGGCGAACCCCGACGGCGAGAAGCUACCAUAUGUUCACGUCAGAGCUCGACGAGGCCAAGCCACCGAUAGCCACAGCUUAGCCGAGCGAGCGAGGAGGGAAAAAAUAAAUGCUCGGAUGAAGCUGCUCCAAGAGCUGGUCCCUGGAUGCAGCAAGAUCUCUGGUACGGCGUUGGUGCUUGAUGAAAUUAUCAACCACGUACAGUUGCUGCAACGGCAGGUUGAGAUCUUGUCGAUGCGACUUGCUGCGGUUAACCCAAGAAUCGAUUUUACGGGGCUCGACAACCUUUUAUCUGCAGAGUGUGGGCGGGUCACCGCAUCGGGCCACGGGCCAGGUUGGGUUGACGGAAGCUGUAACGGCGUCAUUCGACGGAGUCAUCACUACGAUAAUCAACAGCAGAUUUGGCAUGUUGAUCUGCAGCAGCAGGAGACGGCGGGGUGGGAAAGGGACGAGACGCAGCAACUCCUCCACCACCACCACCACGUCUUUAUCAGCGGCAGUAGUAGCGGUAGCCCCCCGGGGACCUCUCUUUUCGGUUACGAUUCCGCCGCUUCUGCAUUGCCACUCUCGACCCAAUUGAAGUCAGAGAUGUGAUGUGAUGAAGAAUAUGGGAGGAAUAUAUAGUUAUAUAGUUAUAUAUAUAGUUAUGUCUGUAGAAUGAAUGCUAAUGUUAUGUACAGAAUGAAGAGGAUAUGAUCGAGUAGGUAAGAGGGUGGAGGAGCAUAGAGCUAGCUAGAGCGCUCCCUCUGCAUUCUUUUAGGGUCACCAGUUCUCUGCUUUUUCAUUGCAGUCUCUCUUGAAACCCUAAUUAUACUAAUCAUGAAUACUACAUCUUCAUCUAGCUUACGUGCUUCCAGACUUAAA